GUUAAUUGCCACCGUGUACACGUGGCAUUUAGAAUUACGUUAAGCAGCAAUAUGCAUGUAUUAUGUGUUGAUUGACUUAAUAUUUUUAGUUGAUUAUGUUGUAUGUUUUUCCAGAGGUGGCUGCGCCGAGAAUUAGCUGGCGCUGUUUUAUACCGCCAAUUUGGCUUCCAUCCAGACAUUGUCAAUAAAACAAAGGUUUUAGAGGGCUAACCUAACUAUAAGUAUAAGACCAAAUUGUGUAAAUUAUUUGGUCAUGAUUAUGUUAGAUUUAACGGUUAGGCUUGGUUAGGGCUAUGGCCACACGAGAAUUUAUUGAAGGUGCCAAUCACCUUAGACAGCAAUGGGGCGCUGGCCCUAUUUCAUGGAAUGUUGCUGUCAAGUUUCUCAUGGCAAGAAAGUUUGAUGUAAGAAGGGCAUUAGAACUUUACCAAGCACAUGAGAAUAUCCGAUCACAGGAAGGUCUUCUAAAUAUUGACCCUCACGUGGAGCCACUGAAAAAAGAGCUGUUUUCUGGAAAAUUUUCUAUUUUGCCAAGCAGAGACUCAAACGGAGCAGCUAUUGCCGUGUUCUCGGCCGUGCUACAUCAACCACUGAGUAUCAGCCACAGAACAGUGCUACAGUGUGUCGUGUACCAGUUGGAUGUUGCCUUAGAAAGUGCGGAGACCGCGGAAUGGGCCCGCGCCCAUGGUGUUCAUCUAUGACAUGACAGGAUCCAAAUACAGCAACUUUGAGUAUGACUCAGCAAAAAAUCCUCACAAUGC